GUUUUUUGGUGUGGGAACCCUUAGAAAGCAACAUAUUGUCGGGUGGAAAGCCUGGCCCUCAUAAAAUUCAGGGGAUUGGAGCAGGUUUUAUACCAAGGAAUUUGGAUCAAGAUGUGGUUGAUGAAGUCAUAGAGAUAUCUAGUGAUGAAGCUGUUGAAACUGCAAAGCAAUUAGCACUUCAAGAAGGGUUGUUGGUGGGCAUUUCUUCUGGAGCAGCAGCAGCUGCUGCCAUCAAGGUUGGAAAGAGACCAGAGAAUGCAGGAAAGCUUAUUGCGGUAUGCUUAUUUUUUAAGUGUACUGUUCCAUUGGUAUCUUGGUAUAUUCAGGUCAAUUCAUUGUCCAGAAGUAGCCGCAGAAGUUGA